AUUUUAUGGGUUUUAGACACAGAAUUUUCUGUAUCACGGGAGGUGUGCUUUCUUGAUUCUUUUCCUGAUUUUUUUGGGGGGAAACCUUGUGGAAAAGAGCUUACUCACAAUGUUGGGCUUGGAUGUUUGUGAAUUUGGUGGACAGUUUCUUGAACUGCUCUGGUUAACAGUUUGCUACAGAGGCAUAAUGGCUGAUAAAGAGAAAGACGUGCCAGUGGUUGAGGACGAAGAUGAACCAGAUCUGAACUACCAGCCUCCGGCUCAAAAAAGCCUGCAGGAGAUCCAGGAACUGGACAAGGAUGAUGAAAGCCUGAACAAGUACAAGCAAACCCUCCUGGGCUCUGGACCUGUGGUGGCAGAUCCCACCAUUCCUAAUGUUCAGGUGACCCGGCUGACUCUGAUGUGUGACCAGGCCCCUGGACCAAUCACCAUGGAUCUGACAGGUGACCUUGAUGUUUUGAAGAAGAAGAACUUCACCAUGAAGGAGGGAGUGGACUACAGGGUGAAAAUUCACUUUAAGGUCAAUAGGGACAUUGUGUCUGGACUGAAAUAUGUGCAUCUGACCUACAGGAAAGGACUCAGAGUGGAUAAGGCAGUGUACAUGGUGGGCAGCUACGGUCCGAGAGCCGAGGAGCAUGAGUUUAUGACCCCGGUGGAGGAGGCUCCGAAGGGCAUGAUCGUUCGGGGAAGCUACCACAUCAAAUCCUACUUCACAGAUGACGACAAGACAGACCAUCUGUCGUGGGAGUGGAACCUGCAAAUCAAAAAAGACUGGGACAGUGGAGAGUAAAGCGGUUAUCCCUCUGCCUCUCUCUCUCUCCCAGAUGCACAGCAAAAUACCCAAUUUAUGACUAAUGUUUAAAACAGAGGGCUAGUCUAGGUAGAUAUGCAGCUGGAGUUGACUUUGCAAAUGGUUAAAUAACAAUUAGUCAUAUAACAAAAACCUUAAAAUAAUGAAGACAUUCUUACAUAUUAAGUGUAAUCAACGGUGAGGACAAACAGUGACUGGCAGGGUAUUAGAGGCGACUUAGUACUUUGUAAUAGAUAUAACAACGGUAUAAUCAACAAAUGGAAUUCCUCAUGCCUGUACUCUCAGGUUAGUGUAAACUGUAAAUGUAAAUAUUACAAUGUCUGUAUUCUUGAAAUGCAUUUAGAGUUCUUUACUGAGCCCAUGACCAGAUCAGUGCAUGCUUGGAUGUGAAGCCAUCGUGUCUGCUAUGGCUAAUGUCUUGUAUUGAUGAUGUAAUCAGCCUGCUGUUAACUGAUAAAUACAUGUGUAGGAAGUGGUUUGUACUAAGUGUUGCUUGUCCAAAAGGUAUUUCUGAGCAUUAAACCCUUGCAAAAAAGACCAACUUAGACCAGUAUGAAGUUGUUCGCCAGCAAAACUUAGCUGGUCAAACAGCAUUUCUGGUGAAGCUGGUUCACUUGUCUUACUGGUUAGUCUAGUUAAGAAGCCCGAUUGGCACACCAGGCUAAACAUUUGCUGGUCUUUUUAGCUGGGAACCCACCAUCACUGGAGCCCAUAGUCAAGCACCCUCCCCAUUCCCUGAAAUGGUUCAAAAUCUGUUCAUCUCUGUCCAGGUGUCUGUAACCGUCCUCCAUCUAGCUUUGAUAUUAGAUUGUCUAUGUUUUUUUGUUUUUUUUGUUGACAUUCCAAAAUAAAUACAUUUUAUUGUU